AUGUCUCUGAUGUCAGCCUUUCGCCCACCAUCCACUCGCAUCUCGUCAAUCCGUCGUACGUCGCGACCACGUCGUCGGAGAAAGACGAACAGACAUGAAUCUGGUGAUUUUGACUCGGAAGGCCACCAUCAUGACUCGGAUGCUCACUCAAUUAUUACACCUUCCAAGCACACGCCAAAGCCCUUUCAAAAGCUGCGGGGCACAGUGGCCACCGGUGGUCCUCUACGCCCCUUUCGUCUUGUCAAGCAGGACCUCGUCAAUCUGCGCCGGCGAUAUGUGUCUGACUGGGCUGUAUUCAAUCAGUUGAUCUUUGCCAGCGCAGUCUACGUUUUCUUCACGAAUCUUCUCCCCGGCAUCACAUUCGCGAGCGACUUGUAUGUCCUGACUGGCAAGAGCUGGGGCACAAUCGAGGUUGUGUUCAGUACUGGACUCUGCAGCAUGAUUUUCUCACUGUUCUCGAUCCAACCCCUCACCAUUCUCGGCGUAACGGGUCCAUUCUCUGUCUUGGCAGAGAACAUCUAUUCGCUAUGCGAGGAUGUUUUCCUGAUUCCUUUCCUUCCAUUCAUGGCUUGGUCUUUGAUCCAUUCUGCCUGGAUGCACUAUCUCUUGGCAAUUAUCAAUGCGCACGAUUGGACUAUGCGCUAUGUGACGACGUUUGCAACUGAGAUCUUUUCACUUCUGAACAGUAUCAUUUAUUUCCACAAAGCCAUUCAGGAGCUCGAGAGAGCCCAUGAGAGUCUGUCCUUUGCAGCCUUUCUCUACGCCGUGAUAGGCGCAGUGGGUACAAUGCUGCUUGCCAUCUUCCUUUCCACCGCUGAGAGCUGGCGACCAUUGUUUCACCGGUAUAUCCGUCUCGGUCUGACCGAAUAUGCUGCAGCCAUCUCAAUUAUCAUUUUCAUCGGUCUGCCUCAUGUGGGUGAGUUAGCCCAUCUGGACAAAAUGACUCUGGCCGUGAGCACCUCCUUUCGACCAACGUCCCCGGAACGGGAAAUUUUCUUUGUGGAAUUUUGGACACUGCCCAUUCAGUGGAUAUUCGGUGCCAUGAUUCCUGGCCUGAUUAUCACAAUGCUGUUCUUCUUCGAUCAUGAGGUCAGCUCGAUCAUUUGUACAAUUGACCGAUAUGGCACUCGUAAACCGGGCGGAUUUGCGUGGGACAUCGUUCUGCUAGGAACAACCACAGCCCUGUGUGGUAUUCUGGGUAUCCCACCCUCCAAUGGGCUUCUUCCCCAGGCACCCCUGCAUUCGGAAUCAUUGAUGCAUACGGAGAUAGAAGAGACGAGUGUGAUAGUGGAUGGCGAAGAGAAGAUAGAGACUCGUGAAGUCCGUCGUGUAUACGAGCAGCGCUGGUCGGCGUUUCUUCACUCUGGCGCUAUUCUGCUGUUCAUCAGUCCGCCGCUCAUGAAAGUCCUUGGCUUGACUCCCACAAGCGUCCUUGCCGGCCUGUUCCUCUUUAUGGGUGAACAGAGCCUAUCUGUCAACCCUAUACUAUAUCGCACCUUUUACCUUCUCACCCCACCUUCUGAACUGCCACCAUUACCGCAGUCAUUGCACAAAAAUCCCGAAGCCCAUAACAUAAAGGAUACGCCACCGCGCAAUCCAUCUUAUCUUCCAAUCCACCUCUACACAAUCCUUCAAAUCGUUACAACGGUGGUGAUCUUCAUUGUCACCCUCACACGGGGUGCCCCCGCAUUCCCAGUGCUAAUUAUUGCCCUCGUGCCUUUCCGACUUUUAAUCAUGAAGAAAUGGUGGCCACGCGAAGUCCUCCGCUUUGUCGACGCUUGGGCCUGUCGUGAAGGCACGCCGGAGGAUGACGAAGACGCCGAAGGAAAGGAUAACCACUCUGCUCAGGUUAACUCAAAUGCCGAAAACCACGUUCCGGUCGGUGGUAUUUUUCACCGCAGCUACCACGGUGAUGACCGGGGCCGAUCUUCUGUAGUUGAAACUAGUGCGGCGCAAAGCGGUUCUCAAGCAGACCUUGCUGACCAGAGAAUAUGGGGUACAACUGAAGAUGACGCGAACCACGAAUGGGUGGAACUUGAGAACCGGGGGUUCCUGACGAGGAGAUAG